AUGUCUAGGCCAAAUCAGUCCCGGCCGCUGGGCAAAACGCCUAAACCCGCUCCGCCUGUCCCCAAUGCACCCGGCGCUACUGGUGGACCCAUCCCCCGUCGAUCAGCGGGCACGUUGCCUGGUAUCGCCCGUACGGCGUCGACGCUGCGUCAACUUUCCUCGUCACCCGGUGGCCCGAAUACGCUCGCCUCGUUGCCGGCACACCUCCGCAAUCUGUCCGCCCCCAGAGUACCAUCGCCGCUGGGACAAGGCACGCCGGGCCGCGCCAUCCGGCAGUCCUUCCCUGCCCGUACUUCGAAGACGACCGAGAAGCAUGUGUUCCUGCCUGAAGAUCCCCAGCUGGCGCCCCUUCCACCUGGACGAGGUACAGGUGUUGAACCUCCGCAACGAUCAGGCAGACCCCGGUCGCAUUCGUCCAGCAGUCUCACCCACCAUGGCUCCUCUACCCAGCUGUCGCGAAGUCAACAGCAGAGCCUGAAUCCAUACGAUGAGCAGAGCGAUGCGGAGAAGAUGACAAAACGCGAAAGGCAGGAGAAUGGCCUUCCUCGGCUCACUGCCUACAACACAGCAGAGGGCUAUCGACUCAAACUGUUGCAAGCUUUUCUCAAGCGAGAACAUGGCGUUGGAGUCCAGGUCUACAACCUCCCCCUCUUGCCCGGCUACGGCGCUGGAACACGGGUCCGGUCCUCUCCAACUGUCAGGUCCCCUGGUGGAACCUCCAUGAUGGAACAGAUGACUCAGGCGGAAGAAGCUGGCUACGACGACGAAUACUUCCCCGUCGUCCCCGAAGAGUCUGCUCCGCCCGUCACUGCUCCCCACGACCCCUCAGAAUACAUUCUGAGCCACUCACCGCCGGAGCCUAUGCCGAUUCAGGAGGUGGACAUGUCCAUGGAGACUAUCAUCGAGCAGCCUCUAAAGGAGACUGACGACCCGACGUCACCAACCUCUGCGACGUCCAGCGAGGGGCAACAAGCGAGCACGAGUCUGUCCCCGCCGUCUGACAUGUCGUCGUACAAGCGACCUGAGCAACAACAGGAGGAUGGAGAACGCCAGGGUGUCCACAUUCCUGGAACUCACAUGUCACCGACUCACCCGGGUUUCCUGGAGCACGUUCCCUCGUCAGCCCUCUCACCCUCUGAGUUGCAUCGCUCAUCUCGCAGGCGGUAUCCUUCGCCCACGAAGCGCCGUCGUGAUCGUGAUCGUUCGCAGAACCAGGUUGCCGAGGCCGUCUUCUUUUCUUAUGGCGUCAGCGUCUUCUUUGGCUUCCAAGCCGACGAGGAGCGCGAGAUCAUGGCCGACUGUGAGGCUGCUGGUGUCUGGCAGCAGGGUCUCAACGAGGACGACUGGGAGAUCGAGGAGUUCCACUAUAUCGUAAGGCCAAUCAUGUCGAGCAAUACUGACGUCUCCAGUACGACGACGACGCAGAGUCACCCCGUAUCUACAAUGACAUGUUCACUGUCGCUUGCCCACGCCAUCGCUCAGUCGACGAAGCUUUCCGUGUUCGAGAGCGCGAUGCAGGAAUCGCUCGAGCUCACCUCGACGUUCCCGAAAGAGCUCAGCACGACUGGACAUCUGCAGAUGAACCGUAUCGAGGCGCUCAAGAUGACGGGCCGUUUGUUCAAGCUGCGCAUGGACGUCAACCUCAUCAGUGGCGUACUCGACACGCCCGAGCUGUUCUGGUCGGAAGCGUCGCUGUACCCUCUGUACGAGGCGAUCAACCAGUACCUCGAGAUUGGGCCCCGCGUGCAGGUGCUCAACGAUCGCCUGUCCGUUGUGGGCGACCUGCUGGAGAUUAUCCACGACUACAUCGACCAGCGUGCGACGCACCGGAUCACGUGGAUCAUCAUCUGGCUUAUCGUUGUCGCGUGCAUUGUCGCGUUCGGCGAAGUGUUGGCCCGACUGGUGUUCCAUUCGAUGCCGAGGAACAGUGGCAAGUCGAUGCUGAUCCGUGCGGCUCGCACCGUUCUCGGCGUUCAAAAGUGA